AUGUGUGAGGGGGCCGAAGUUCCCGUGAAGAAGGUAUCAUCGCAGCCUGAAGACCACCCUUCGGCCAUUAACGGCUUUGAAAACGUUGAGCUGGAUCUGCGCUUCUCGCCAAGAUUGAGCGAGGGCAAACCACCUCUGGCUGAGGUGAAACGGUCCCUACGGUUGGUGCGAAAAGCAACCAUCAUGGGCUUUGCAGGCAUUAUUACCUGGUUUCUGAUUAUUUGGCCGAUCAUGUCACCGACAACAAAGGAAUUUCCAUACACACAAUUUUAUGUCUGGAUCUUUGGAAUUCGCCUAUGGAAUGUUCUCGGAAUGAUAGCCUGCAUAACUGUGCCUAUAGUGCUUGCUAUCACAAAGUACUUAAACGUCCACAAAGAAAAGGACGAAAACGUGUUAAUAACUUUCGCGGAAACUCAAUCGGCCAAGACUGAGAAGAAUGGCUCUUCUGCAAAACUUCGCACCAACUCCACCUGCAAUAUCGUAAAAAUUCUAGCCUUGAGUGGAACGGCCCUGGAUGCCCUGCCAGAUGGAGACCGCGUACGUCUCACCGGCCUUCUCCUGAUAUCUGUGGGUGUCUGCACAAUUUAUGGCCAUUUCGGCAGUCUGCCCGUUAUCCUCUACUUCACCACCGCCUUCCUCGUCAUCUUCACAACUGUCCUCGCCACUCUGGUCCUCGAUUUUUCGCAGAAUUUUCCUCUGGCGCUGUUGGUGAACUUCCUUUCAAACAACGCCCACUGGAUGGUCAGUGUCGCAGUGUCACCCAAUCAAGGCAGUAUCAGCUUCUUCCUUGCGUCCUAUACCGUUUUUUCAGUCUCCAUUCUGUUUGCCACCUGUUUAGGGCUCGGCUACGCCGUACUUUCAACUUCACUUGGAAAACCCAUUUGGGAAUUAGAAUCAGUUGUUUUGAAGCCUUUUGCCGUGCCCGCUUUUAUUGCUGGUCGUCGAGGGAUUAUUCUGAUGUACUGUGUGGUCAUUAUUACAUCGGUGGCGUCUUGUGCAUGCAACGUGCUCGGGCUCAUCUCCCUCAUCCUCAAUGACUUUGUGCAGACCUCCUUGAAGGACGGUGCUUUAAAUGUUUUAAUUUUCUUGAUGGUCACAAUAUUUGCACUCUGGCAGCCGUUUAAGCGCACGGAAUCUAUCGCAGACUGCCUUCUCUGUGGAAAAUCGCAAGGUAACUUUUCUGAUCGUCGGAGUGAGUGCCGAUGUUGCAGCAUAGUGGACUGUGCGGAUGGCAGUCUAGACAAAAUACAAUGCCAAGCGUCAAUAAAGAACACUAUUAUGGCGUUCACGUGUCGAAUUCAUGGAAUUUACCACACCUAUCAGGCUGAUAUGAAACUUAUCUGGCCAAGCUAUUGGUUCUCCUUCUGGUCUGCAUCACACCAGCAGCAGUUCUUCUCCAGAACAAAUAGGUAA